AUGAGAAGUCUCAACACUUGCAAACGAGCAGUCCAAACCAUCAUCCAACCCGUCAUCACACAUCCCCUUCCUCUACGCACAACAUGCCACCUUCAAUCUGAGAAACCUACAAAUGAAAUCCUGCUCGAAAGAUCCAUCCUCAACCCACAACACUCAGAGACCUGCCAGUCAGGCACAGACGAAGAAGUUGGUCAACACAGGUCACCAUACGACCCGAAGCAAACACACCCCGAGCAGGAACAUCUCGCACUAGAGGAAGAGUACAGACUGGAGGGUGACGCUCUACAUGAUCCCCUCUACAUCAGUCCUGCCAAUAGAGAGUUUAGUCUGAUUCUUGAUCCGAUGGCCGGUGAACAUGCUUUGAAGCAUUUGAGGAGCGUACAAGGUUGGACAAAUAAGCAUAAGGAGGUGAUGUUGAAGACGACUCCUUAUGAGAUGAGAGCGUAUGAUAGUGUUUUCAUGGGGCUGAGGAAGUCUAAUGGACAUGUGUAA